AAUCAAAACCAUGCACGGACUUAGGAUUUUUAUAGAUACCAGAAAAAUUCUCAAGGCAGUGCUUAAAACUUACCAUGUACAAGAGAUUGUCAUAAAGACAGUAAUUAAAUAUCUUACUGAUACUUUCAGAAGAGACCUAAUUGAACCUAAACUAAAUUACAUCUAAUGUCGGGUUCCGGACUCAUCAGAAAUAUUUAUCUAAUAACCCAAAAAGAAUAAACUCAUGUCAUUGUGAUUCGCUUCUUUCGGAUCACAGAUCUGAACUGCCGAGUUUAGUGGGCAUAUGAAGAAUCCAAAUCUGUGAGUGAUAUACAGGAAAAUUUAAUUCCAAAAAGAGUCAAUUAAAUAUAAUAAUCUGAAUCUGAACGGAACCAAACAUGUAAAAUAAUCGUUUAGACCAAUUGGGUUGUUUGUAAUCCUAAUUUGGUUAUCUGAAAUCGGACCGGACCGGGAAAUUAAAACCGGUUUUGUGAGUCAGGACCCCAGCAGUUCUGAAUGACGGCUAGGGUGUCGGCGGCUAUGGCAUCGGUGGUGAGCACAUCGGAGAAGUAGCACCAAUCUGUGCGUUGGUUGGAUCUGCGGUGGCGAUGUCGACGGCGUCUCGGCGGAGCAAAAGUCGGCGGUGGCGGCUUAACAGAUCUGAGAUCUGCAACUCUCAACAGAGUUGAUUGCUCCUCCAGAGACUUCUCCACAGCGACGGGAGCUUAGCGGCGCUGAUGUGCUCCCGAGCGGUUGGCCUUGGAGUAGCGGCAGCUGAUGUGCUCCCGGCAGUCGACCAAGCUUGGAGUAUCAGAUCUGGGCUAAAAGUCCAGAUCUGCAGUGGUCAUCACCACUGGUGGCAUGCCAAGCAGUCAAAGGCUCGAGAUCUGGUGCCGGUGUCUGAAAAGUGGCGAGUUCCGAAGCGGAUAGGGUGGCUCCGGUCGUUUUUUAAAAGCGGGAGGCUGCCGUUUCUUCGAAGAAGAAAGGAAAAAAAAAAUGAAAGGAAAAAAGAGGAGCGGCUCCCCCGACCACCAUUAAUGGUGAUCGAGGGAGGGGGUGGUUUCUGGCUGAGGUUUUUGCUUUCUGAGAGAGCCUCGUGCAUUGACCAUUAAAGUAGCAAAUUAAAUGUUUUUACAAAAUGAACUUAUAUUUUUGACAUAAU